GGAUAGCGCCUCCCGGCCACGCCGAACCGGCGCUGCGUUUUCCUCGCGGCGGGGUCCCUCGUUUUCUUCUGCUGAGUCAGCUAUGGCGGCGGUGAAGACCCUGAACCCCAAGGCCGAAGUGGCCCGAGCCCAGGCGGCGCUGGCGGUCAACAUCAGCGCGGCCCGAGGGCUGCAGGACGUGCUGAGGACCAACUUGGGGCCUAAGGGCACCAUGAAGAUGCUUGUUUCUGGUGCUGGAGACAUCAAGCUCACUAAAGAUGGAAAUGUGCUGCUUCACGAAAUGCAAAUUCAGCACCCAACAGCCUCCUUAAUAGCCAAAGUAGCAACAGCCCAGGAUGACAUAACUGGUGAUGGUACCACUUCCAAUGUCCUAAUUAUUGGAGAGCUUCUGAAGCAGGCGGAUCUCUACAUUUCUGAAGGUCUUCAUCCCAGAAUAAUUACAGAAGGAUUUGAAGCUGCAAAGGAAAAGGCACUUCAGUUUUUGGAACAAGUCAAAGUAAGCAAAGAGAUGGACAGGGAAACACUGAUAGACGUGGCCAGAACAUCUCUACGUACUAAAGUUCAUGCUGAACUUGCUGAUGUCUUAACAGAGGCUGUAGUGGACUCCAUUUUAGCCAUUAAAAAGCAAGAUGAACCUAUUGACCUCUUCAUGGUUGAGAUCAUGGAGAUGAAACAUAAGUCUGAAACUGAUACAAGCUUAGUCAGAGGUCUUGUUUUGGACCAUGGGGCACGGCAUCCUGAUAUGAAAAAGAGAGUAGAAGAUGCAUACAUCCUCACAUGCAACGUGUCAUUAGAAUAUGAAAAAACAGAAGUGAAUUCUGGCUUUUUUUACAAAAGUGCAGAGGAGAGAGAGAAACUAGUGAAAGCUGAGAGAAAAUUCAUUGAAGACAGAGUUAAAAAAAUAAUAGACCUGAAAAAGAAAGUCUGUGGUGAUUCAGAUAAAGGAUUUGUUGUUAUUAAUCAAAAGGGAAUUGACCCCUUUUCCUUAGAUGCUCUUGCAAAAGAAGGCAUAGUAGCUCUGCGCAGAGCUAAAAGGAGGAAUAUGGAAAGGCUGACUCUUGCUUGUGGUGGGGUAGCCCUAAAUUCUCUUGAUGACCUAAAUCCUGAUUGUUUGGGACAUGCAGGACUUGUCUAUGAAUAUACAUUGGGAGAAGAGAAGUUCACCUUUAUUGAGAAAUGUAAUAAUCCUCGCUCGGUCACGUUAUUGAUCAAAGGACCAAAUAAGCACACACUUACUCAAAUCAAAGAUGCAAUAAGAGAUGGCUUGAGGGCUGUUAAAAAUGCUAUUGAUGAUGGCUGUGUAGUUCCAGGUGCUGGUGCAGUGGAAGUGGCAAUGGCAGAAGCCCUGGUUAAAUACAAGCCCAGCGUAAAGGGCAGGGCCCAGCUUGGAGUUCAAGCAUUUGCUGAUGCGUUGCUCAUCAUUCCCAAGGUUCUUGCUCAGAACUCCGGUUUUGACCUUCAGGAAACACUAGUUAAAGUUCAAGCAGAACAUUCAGAGUCAGGUCAACUUGUGGGUGUGGACUUGAACACAGGUGAGCCAAUGGUCGCAGCAGAAGUAGGCAUAUGGGAUAACUAUUGUGUAAAGAAACAGCUUCUUCAUUCCUGCACUGUGAUUGCCACCAACAUUCUCCUGGUUGAUGAGAUCAUGAGAGCUGGAAUGUCUUCUCUAAAAGGUUGAAUUGAAGCUUCCCUUGUAUCAUCUGAAUCAUGAAGACUCUACAGAGUGAUCCCGAGAAUAUGACCAUGGAAUUUUUGUCCACGCUUCAAACAGUUUUCAAAGGAUUUUCUUUACCCAUAUAAAAAAAAGGAGAGAACACUGGCACCUAUUCAGGUCCUAAAGUUCUGAAAUUAUAAUUGCAGUGUUUUUUAAAUUGCACUGCAGUGUACACAUACAGCAGGCCAUACUCACCCAAUAAACAGGAUGUUUUGUUCUACCUUCUGUGAGAUAAAAAUACAUGUUAGAUAAGCAUAUGUUAUCUACCUUGUUAUUAAAUAUUCCUUGAGAA